GAAUGAGAAGAUGAAGACAAAGUUAGAAAGAGAAGACAAGAAGAUAGGGGAAAAAGAAGGGUGGGAAAAAGAGGAGAGAUGAUGAUGAAAAUCGUCUCUCGAUUUUUAGUUGUUGUUAUUGGUUAAAGAUCCAAGGCAACGAGUUAACGGUAAAAAAAAAGGUAUUACAUUUACCUGAACAUUUCGAGGAAGAUUUCCUUCCCCUUGUCAUCAUUAUCAUCAUCAGCACCCACCAUUCAUCUUCCUCCCUCCAACCCACUCACUUUCACCUCCCAGGUAAAACCUUGGAUAAGUUAAUGGCAAUUCUGAUAUGAGAAAGAAAAGAGUAAAAGAUUUUCUUUGUCUAAUUGUAAGUUUUUUUUUUCGUUUCAAUUUCUACAAUUAAAAGACCAUGACAAUCAAUUUAAGAUUCAAUUCUAUUGAUUAAUUGUCUUAUAAUUACUUUAAUCGUCAUAAAUUUUUUGCAAAUUGUGGACAAACAAUUAAAACACUCAAAGUAUUAACUUAAGCUUUUGAAUCUGUAUCAACAUUUUAGUUGAUAUUUUUUUUUUGUUUUGGUUUUAAAUUGUUCUUUACCUAAAUUGGUUAAUGGUAGUUAAUUUAUUGUUAAUUGUAUUGAACAGAAUUUUUAAUUGUUCUGUCAAAUUUUUUUCCUACAAUCAGCGACAAUUUAGUGAUGGGUUGUGGUGUUUCAAAGAGUCAAAGUGUUGAAGAUUCAAGUGUAACAUCAAAGGAUAAGAAUCAACGAAAUAAUUUACAAAAAUCUCGAAGGAAAUUUAAAUCAUCAUUAGUUAAUCAUAAAGGAAGUGAAUCGUCACCAUCAUCAGAUAUUAAUAACAAUCAACUUAAAUCAUCAUCAACGGUACAUUUUGAUUCAUCAAUUGAUCAACAAUAUAAUCACCACAAUGUUACAAAUCAUUCAACAUCAUUUCCACCUCCACCUACACCACAUCCGAAAGUUAAAUUGUUACCACGACAAUUAAGUCGUAUUGAUGAAAUUAAUUCAGAAUCAUCAUCUCUCCCAUCAACAUCAGAUGCUCCCACUGUUAAUAGUAGUUCAUUGAUUAAAUUUGAUUCGAUUGCUUGUCAAACUGAAUUCACGGCGAUUUCAGUGAUGACCCAAACUGACCCUUUGCCAACACCCGAAGAGGAAUUGGAAAUGUUAAUCAAUUGUGAAUAUGAUUUUCCAAAUAAUUUUAGGCCCUCAGUUGAUUCAGGUCAAGGGUCAUCAAUGAGUAACGGAUUUUCACCAUCAUCUUCAACAAUUGUCACCAAUGGUCAGGUAACAAUUAACACUGAAGGGUCACUUAUGGUAAUACCUGCAAAUAAAUCAAAUUGUGUUGAUUUUUUCCAAGAUUUUGAAAUCUCCAAGCAAUUAGUUACUCCAGAAUCAAGAUUAGUAGAUGUGGCCAUUCAAGUUGCUCAGGUUCGGACAUCUUGUUCAACCCAAACAAACAUUGUUGCUGGACAAUGUCCAGUUCGUCCUGAAGGUGAUCAAACACAAUCAACAACUUUUGUUAAUCCAUUAAAAGAUGAAGAUAUUAAUUCCAAUGAUGGUGAUAAUCGACUUUUCCACCGUUUAUCAACAAUUAACCCUCAAAUUGAUAAUCAUCGUCCAUCAGCGACAAGUCCAACAGUAACUUGGUCACAAAUUUAUAACAAUCAGGUUAAUCCAAGUGAUAACAAUCAAUUAAUUGCUGUUAAAGUUGCUGAUUUUGAAUCACAAACUGAUCCGGUUAGUGAGGUUAUGGCUGCAAAUGCCGGUGAUAAUGAUACAAAUGUAUUACAAUCAUUUAAUUUGUCAUCGCCAUUUUCCCACAUCGAGAAACAAUUAGGAUCAAUUGGUGAAUCAAGUAGUGAUACAAUUAACAAAUCCCAUAUGAUUACCAGCAAUUUAAUCAACAACAAACAUCAAAACAAUGAUACUAAACUUCAAGAGUGUCUUAAUCAGUUACUUGAUGAUAUUGAAGGUUCACUUAAUUUUACCAAUACAAUUAAAAAAGGUGAAUACAAAGAUGCUUCCGUUCAAACCGUUAAUGACCCGAUAACCGAUGAGGCCCCAGAAUUUGCCGCUCGACCUCCGCCCUCAAGGAAAAAGGAAAUGAUCCCAACAUUGACCAUCUUUGAAUCAAUUGAUGCCAAAGCUUUAGAGGUUCCUGAUUCUGAAAGUUCAUCACUUAUCUCAUUAGUCAAUUAUCUCAUCUCCGGUUUACCGAACGAUAUGUUCAAGGUUCGAGGUAUUUUCCGGUGGAUCGCUCAUAAUAUUCGAUACAAUUGGAACUUCAUGGGAGUGUCAAGCUCUUCAGAGGAGAUUCUUAAAUCAAGGGAAGGUGUUUGCAAAGAUUAUUGUCAAUUGUUCGGUGACAUGUGCCUACUGGCUGGAAUUCGGGUUAAAAAGAUUCAAGGGUUCGCCAAAGGAUACGAUUAUCGGCCUGGUCACCAAUUCGUUCCCGGUGAGGAUAUUACUCAUAAUUGGAAUGCUGUUUUUAUCCUUGGCUCCUGGAGAUUUAUUGAUCUGACCUGGGGAACCGGAUACACUGACCAUUCCGGUAAAUUUCAACGUAAAUUGAAUGAGCACUUUUUCCUUACCGAUCCAGAAACAAUGAUUUGGACUCAUUAUCCUUACAACGAGCUGGAAGAUAACUACUCAAGGUGGCAAUUACUGGACAAACCACUGACCCUGAAUGAGUUUAACACUCUACCCAAAGUAACGCCAUAUUUUUUUGAAUAUAAUCUCAAGAUACGAUCUAAACUUGCCAAUCCAAUUAGUUUUCGAGUUCAAACUGAGAUUAAAAUUGGUGGACACGAGGCGAUGCGAUAUAAGUAUAAGUUGUACCCGGCGGAUGAGGUUGAAAAUGCUUCUCUUAACCAUUACCUUUUCUGUCAACUUAAAGAGGACCGGAUGGUGGGCUCAUUUCAGGUGACACCGCCGAUUGAGGGCCGAUACUUUUUAAAGAUUUAUGCUCGACCGGAAAAAGAUAUGGCCGAAUGGAAUAUUGAUGCGACAACUAAUCUACCUCCUCCAGCUACAACUUCCUCUUUGACCAGUGGUCAGCAAGGAGCUCAAUCAAAUCUACACAGUUGUGUUACCUUUCUCCUUGAAUGUUCCCGGUCUCGGAAAUAUCUUCAACCUUAUCCACUUAAUGAACUCCCCUGGGGACCAACUCAAUCUUUUUACAAUUACAGGAUGAGACUUCUCAAUCAAAGUGGACCAGUGGUCACUACAUGGGGAGGUAAACGACGUUUAAUCCUUGAAUCUUCUGAGGCCAUGUUAAUAACCUAUCAAGUGUUAGAUGCUGAAGGUAUGGAAAUGGAUGCCAAAAAUUUACUAAUUCGAGAAGAUAAUGGGAAUAAGAUAACGUUCAUCAUCUCACCCCCUCGACUUGGAAUGUUCAAAUUGAUGAUAUUCGGAAUGCCCAAACCUAAGCAAAAGGGUAAAUGGCGACUUCCGCUUUUGGCAACUUUUCUAAUCGAAUGUAAAAUGGCCAAAAUUGCAAAACAACCACCGGAAGAGGAAGAUCCACCACCGGUGGUUGUAGAUUAUGUUGAACCAUCAAUGGAAUAUAAUGAACUUUACCGGCAAAAAUUUUCAAAUCGAUCAUCAGUUAUAAGAUAAUCAACUAAUUGAUAAAAUCCACUUUACAAUCAAUUCAGAAUCAAUGAAAAAAACAACAACAGUUUCCACCUCUUCACUUAAUCAUAUCCUCUUCAUCCAAUUUCCCACCGGUGAUUUUCAAUUCAUGUCCUCCAAAUUGGUACUUUUUUUGCUGCUUCUGCUGAUGUUGCUAUUAAACCGAGUUUUCAACAAUCAAUUUUGAUUAUGCAAAGAGAAAUUAAUUAAUUAACCUAAAUUUCAAUAAGCUGAUGAUUGUGAUAAGUUGAUUGUUGAGUUUGUCAAGUGGUUAAAUUGUUGAUUGAAAAGCCAAUCAAUUUGUUCAACAUAAACACAUACACACUUAAUUACUUAUAUAUACAAACAGAAAAAUCAUCAGUUAUGAUCACAAUUUAACUAAACAAAAUGAAAAAGUGCCAAUAAUGUCAACAAAUUUGUCGAUUAAAUAAAAACAAAUGUUUAAAAUUUAAAUUUUGAUCGAAAAUAAAUCAAAUUUUCA